UUGGUAACGCAGCACAAGCUUCAACUGGCGAGUAUACGUGGAAAACAUAAUAUCUACUCAACCAUUCCCACUUCUAGGGUGAAGCGAGAACUGGAGGAAACUUACAUUCGCCUUUCUUCGGGUUCUUGUAAAGAUGGACUCUUUGAAAAUGAUGAGAAUGAACUUCUUGAACGAGUUGCGUCCGACACACGUUUGGAAAGUAUUGGUAUUCCUUCUAAUAGAUAUGUGAAUCCGCAUAAGAAGUGGGUGGAGGAUACUACCAGUGGAGUUCGGUAUAGUUCAUCCCUUCUUCAGCUCUCGGAUAAUAAUAAUAAUAAUAAUGAUAAUAAUGAUAUUAAUAAUAGUAAUAGAGAUAUGAUGAUGGAUGACCCUGAGGUGGAGAGACUUGACAUGUUAUUAAUGAAAGUGGUAACGAAAUGGAAAUCCCAAUCGAGGCAAACUGCUGUCGCUCCUGCUUCUAUAAACGAUGAUAAUAAUAAUAAUAUUAAUAAUAAUGAUAUUAAUAAUAGUAAUAAUAAUAAUGAUAUCAAUAAUAGUAAUGAUGAUAUUAAAAAUAACAAUAAUGAUAAUAUUAAUAAUAGUAAUAAUGAUAAUAUUAAUAAUAACAAUAAUGGUACUAAU